CGCACAAGUACACACGCACCUGAGCUCCAGCAUUACAGGAAAUCGUAUCAUCAUUUAUUUUUAUCAUUAUUAUAUGACUAAUACUCGACGAAUCAACCGGGAAAGCCAUUGAACAGAAUGUUUAAUGUUAUUUUUGACCGCUGAUUUAUAUUUACAAGAAAAUAAAACAACGCAGCAUUACACACACGCAUACACAAACAAGCCCGCGAAUAUAAACUCAGUUUAAAUAUGCUACAAUAAAAACAACUAACUAUUAUUAUUAUUUGCCUCCAAAACAUCCAGAAAUUACGUCAUAAUUUAUUUACACAUGUGAUUGAUGAGACGGAGAAAAGAAAAUGAUUUCAUCAAGUACUUUGUUGGCAGCGUUUUGAGGAAUUCCACGUAGAAAAUUUUUUAUUGAAAUCUUCAAUCCCCUCAUCAAGACGUCUUCAGAUGCGCAUUAAUUAAUUAGUGGAUUAUAGCAAGGAAGAAUGCAUUGUGGAUAUUUAUAAUAAUAAUAGUAAUAAUAAUAUAUAAAGCCAUUUGGAUGGAUGUUUUAUGAACUAAAUUGACACAUAACAUACUAUUGUUCCGUUGCUAAUACUACUAAUAAUAACAAUAACAAUAAUAAUAAUAAAACUGAUAGAAGUGGCAAGUGGUCUUCGCAGAGGGAAAAUCCCAGUUAUCUGCUUUCAUUCAGAAAUAUGGAUUUUGUAAUUUUAAAAGUUAAUGGUCAAGAUUUGAGGAAUGCAACUCAUGAAGAGGCUAUCCAGGCAUUUCAGAAAGCUAAAGAGCCAAUUAUUGUAGAGGUGGCACGUCGGGAUCCAAAUGCUGAAACAGUUCAAAAAUCAACGGGGAAUACAAACUCCACCACCAACUCGAAUAAUAACAAUGUCAAUAGUUUGAACAAAUGUUCUGUAGGCAUUCAAACUGAUCCAAGUACAGCUGAAGCGACAUUAGCUGCAAUGGCUGCUGCAGCUCUAACAACUGAAGAUAUACGUACGGCGUUGGGCAUGAGACAUCCAGGAUUAACGAGUUUAGAAUGCAUUUAUCACUCCGACUUCCCGGAUCUUGUGGAUAUAGUUGAAGAAGAUGAUGACGAUGACGACGUUGAUGAUGAUGAUGAUGUGGAAGGAGAGGAGGAGGUGGAUGCAGUCAAUGAACAGAUUGAAGAAGAUCUUGAACUUGUACAGAAAAAGGAUGAUAAUAAUAAUGGUGAUAGUAAAUCCCCCAAAGAAGAUAUUAUUCCUCCGCCUACUAAUAACUGUGAUUAUAGAUCAAAAAAUUGUGUAUGCUUCUAUUCAAACGACGAUCCAGAGUAUGAUACAAUCUCAGAUAUGAAAACAGACAGUAGAAAUGAUGGGAACAUUUGGGAGUCAAUGUCUUCUAGUCAACGUGGAAACAUACGGAUAAAGGAGGUGACAUUAUGUCGUAAAACGAUGGAUGAAAAAUUUGGCUUAACUCUUUGCUAUCGUCAAGGUGAUACAUGUGAUGCAAGCUGUGAUGUUUUUGUUGGUGAUAUGGAAUUCGAUAGUUUAGCUGCUCAAAGUGGACAGAUUUCAAGUGGUGAUCAAAUAUUACGAAUCAACGGUCAAGUAAUCAAGUCAAGGGAGCAUGUAAUUGACUUAUUUCAACAAAGUAAAUCAAAGGUUGUGCUGUUAAUUGCACAAGAAAAUCGCGAUUCUUGUGAACCAGCUAAGAAUAACAAAUCGGCUGUAAAUUCUGCAAUGUCAACGGCUUCAGACACUACGAUGCUAACGACAACAACAGCAACAACAACCACAACGAAUAUAUUAGACGGGAACGCCAAGACGGAUAGUGAAUCAGUUGGUUUACUUCGAAAUUUAUCAGCACAAGAAUCUCAGACAUGUUCGUCGUUAUCAGUUAAAGAGCUGUCAAGCAAUGAAUUCUGUGCAUCGAAUGAUUUUAGCAAUUCCAUGAAUAAGGACUGUUCAGAUUUCGUGGCAUACAAACGUCCUGAUCAAGAUUCUGGUAUGGGGAGAACAACUGAUGAAAGUGCACGUACAGAAGAAAGUUCAGAACAGGAAAUCGACAAUGACAAUCAGCAACAACAAGUUGAUUAUGUAACUGGAUUAACACAGAUGACAAAAUCCCGGAUGAAAUUAACCGACUACGAUAAACUGAAGAUGGAUAGACUAGGCGAUAGUUCAGCAGCACAACAGACAACCCUAAUAUCCGAUGAGCCAGUGCCAACAAUUCCAACAGAUGUAUUCGCUGACUAUGAUCCAGUUGACCCGAUCGACCAAGAAUUAGUUCAACUUGGACGUUUAAUGCAAUCAUUGGCAGUGCACUGUAGACAGUUAGUACAAGUUAAAAUGCAGUAUAAGAGUAUGGAGAAUUAUAUUCAACAUCCAUUUCUCAUGCAUCAGUAUCCAAGUGAAUUAAAUUCCUGUGAAUAUGAUAAACAUAAUUCUAGUCAAAAUCAGCAACAUUCACAGAUGAUAACGUCAAUAACACCGACAACACUGACGACAUUAUCGACAUCUGUUACAACAGAUGCGUCGUCCAUACCAAUGACAAUAUCCAGUCAACAAAAUGAAACUUAUUACUCUCCGAAUAGAAGUAAUUCACAGAACACAAAGCCUAUAACCAGUAAGUCAAAUGAAGCCAUCCCUCCUCAUGGAUCACCCCUACUUCAUACAAAAGACACUAUUAACAAUAACAUAUCGACUAGAGUGCCAAGAAUGGGAACAAGAAUGGAACCCUCAAUAAUGGGAUCAGUUAGUUCUAAUGAUUCUGGAGGACUGUAUCAUGAUAAGAAGAUAAACAGUACUUCGUCUGUUGUAACACCACAAUUGCAAACAAUGACUACAACAGGCGAAAAAUCAUGUCAUAGUCGAUAUCCAUCCAGUGUUAGAGAAGAACGCGCUAUUUCCUCAGAUCGUCAAGAUGCUCAAAGACAAUUGACAAACUACUCCAAAGAUUCCAAUCAAUUGAUUGAGUCAAAUACAACGUAUCCAGAUAGUUUAGAACAAAAUAUGCUCAAUGGUAGCGGUGAUACAAGUGCAUAUUGUACUAGUGAAAGUAGACGAAGCCAGAAUGAUCAUUCAUUAUUGAUUAGUACACAUAAUAUUAACAAUAACAGUAAAAUGGGUAGUAACAAUAGUAACAGUAGUAAUAAUAAUAAUAAUGGUAGUAAUAACAGUGAUAUCAGUGCCCCUAAUAACAUUAAUACACAAUCCCCGCUGAAAACCACAUUAUGCAGUAAUUAUCCAGCCAGAACUACUACUACUAGCAGUCUUCAUUACAGUACUGGUGUCGGCGGAGAUGUCAGCAGUGUUGGAGGUGGCAUUGCUGCCUCACUGUCUGAUUUAGGCGGAUCUCUACUCUCUUUAUCUGCAGUCAUUCCAGAUCCAAAUCAUCAUAAUCCUCAUCAUCAUCAUCAUCAUCAUCUUCCCCCUCAUCUUCACCACAACUCCAGUGAACCUAAAGUGAACACUAAUCACUUGAUAACACAUGAUUCCUUCAGUCCAUCAUCAAAUUGGUCCAUUGAUGGUAAUUCACAAUAUAAUAAUAGUAAUAGUAAUAAUAAUCAAUAUAUUCAACCAGAACCAGUGAUUAAUUAUACAGAAUCUUACUACACAUCAAUACGUCAAUUUGAUUCACCGCCUUCACAGUCAUCUUCAUCGUUAAUCUCUGGUAGAAAUAAUAAUAAUAACAAUAAAUCCUCAUCGAAUGAACAACUAGCGUAUAAUCCGACCCAGGAGACAUUCAAUCAUUCCCCUUCACCUAAUCAUCAUAAUUCUAGUGGAUAUAAUGAGAAAAAGAGUGUAAAUUAUGCAAAAGAAGUAUUAUUAAAAGGUAAUAUAAAAUUACAAUCUGUUAAUAAUUAUCCCCAUCACCACCAUCCUACUAUGCAUCAUCAGUAUUCACAACAUCAAUCACAGUAUCUGAUGAAUCCUCAACACCAACAUUUGCAUAACUCCACUGGUGUAAUAACAUAUGAACAGAAUUCACAAAGGUUUAUAAAAGAUAGUAAUUCUUCGUGUGAUAGUCAAGAAAACAUCAACAAGAAGAAUAAUCAAGAUUCAUCUGGUGAUAGAACUGUCCUGGAUAAUCAAUCAAUCAAACAGUCACUACCGUCAAUGAAUCAUUUCCAUGGGAUGAAAGCUGAAAAACACUCACAAUUCACGCAUAAUUCAGUCCACCCCUCACAUACUACAUCUCAGCUAGGCAACGAUGGUCAUUUAUCACUACAUAGUAUGCAUUACCUACCACCAAAAUGUCCUCCAUUCAACAGCUUGUUGGCGACAAUUACCGAGACAAUUCCUUCUUUCACCAGUGGUAUUCGUGCGGUAUCAGCAGCAACGGCAGCGUCUUCAUCUCAUCAUCAUCUUAGGUAUAAUCCAUUACCACCCUUAGAUAAAAGAAUCAACUGUUCACAACAUUCAUAUGAAUUUUAUGAUCGAUUUUGUUUACCCCAGUCAAUGCCAACAGCAGCAACAACAACAAAACACAGAACAACGCAUAAUAUCUCACAACAACCACCUCCACUCCCACCAGUACCAACACAACAACAGCAACAACUACAAGGACAGAAUUCCUUAUCAAAUCAGCAGUUAUGCAAACAGUUUGCACGAUUUAAUGAGGAAACUAAUCUGAAUAAUGAAGAACCUAGUCUUUCAGAUAUCUAUGAAACACCCUACGCUUCUGUAACAAUAAACGAUGAACCAGUGAAUGAACAAUACACGUCUAAUAAUAUACCAAGUAAUCCUCCUGCAUCAAUUUCAUGCAUGAAUAGACCUGGAGAGUUUAUAAAUUUACAGUCAAAACCUACUAAUUGGUCUUUGGAUAAUAGAAACUCUUCAAUUCCAGCUGAUUCUCAGAUGCCUUCAUCUGCGGUGAAUGUUAACAAUGUAUCUGGUUCACAGAUACCUGGUGUGCAUCAACAUCAGGCUAAACAUCUUGAUCCAUAUUUAUACUCAAUCGGUUAUUUAGAUUAUAUUACUAAUAAUCCUCUUAUCUAUCCUCAUCAAAUGUGUCCUUCUAAACAGUAUCAUCAGAAUAUUACUUCAUCUACUGGUUUACCUCAAUCUGGACAAAUUUAUCCAAUGGAAAAUUGGAAUAUGAUGGAAUGGAUAGUUAAAAAACGUCCGGAUGGAACACGUUAUAUAACUCGUCGACCAAUAAGAAAUCGAAUACUUAAAGAACGCGCUAAACGCGUGGCUGAAGAACGUUCAGGGAUUACAACAGACGAUGAUGCUAUGAGUGAAUUAAAAACUGGACGUUACUGGAAUCGUUCAGAGCGUAAAAAACAACUAGAAAAAGCACGUGCAGACAGAAAACGUAAACAAACCACUACAGUAAUACAACAACAGCAGCAACAACAACAAAAUUCACAUCAGCACAGCAUCGAUAUAAUGAAAUCUUCACAUAAAAACUCUUCUGUAUCAAAUUCAAAUAUUAAAAAUGAUAACACAACACUUGUUACUAUGACAACUGUGUAA